GAGGAGGAGGAGGAGGAGGAUGAGCUGGACUCAGGUGAUCCUAACGGAUCGGUUAUUGAUUUGGUGAAGAAUUCAAAGGAAGGAGGAGAGGAUUUCAAGCUCGAAGAUGAGAUAGAUCAGGUUGCAGACUUGUUCAUCAUGAAGUUUCAUAAACGUAUGCGCAUGCAGAAGCUGGCCUCCUUCAAGAGGUACCAAGAGAUGCUCCAGAGAGGCGUUUAAUCAACCAUCCAUGACAUGACUAUACAUACACAAACAUAUAUAUAUAUAUAUAUAUUAUGUAUGUAUUUGUAUGUACUAUAUAAGCAAAGCAGCUUCAAUUUAGAAAGGUGAUUGAUGAUAGACCGGCCCUUCACAUUACUUGUUAACUACGUACCUGCAGCUGCCAUGAAUCUAAAAGCUGUUUCGUCCUCUGGGGUUUUGUUCUAAAAACUUCCUUGUUAAUUUGGGUCAUGGAGCUUGGACACCCCCCGACUGAAUUUUCCUAAAGACUUUUCCUUAUAAUAAAAUAAUACGUUAUUUUAUUUAUUU